GCUGGCUGCCGCUGUGCACCUGUCCGGCUGCCGGAUCGGAUCCCCGCCCGGCCCGGCCUAGUCAGCCGGCCUUCACCUGCCUCUGCCCCUGGGCUGCGCCAGGGCUCUGCGGGGCCAGUGUUCUCGGGGAGGCUGCUGGGUGCGGGGCUCCGUGCCCGGCUCUGGGGGGCUCAGCCCGGCUCUGUCCCGCAGCGCCCCUGGCUCGCCUUCACUAUUCAGGACCCCGCCCUGGAGGCCUUCGGGGGCCCGGGCUCGGGCCGCGCGCGCCGCCUGUGGGCUCUGCUGCGGCAGUUCUGGGCCGACCACUUCUCGCGGCGCUUCUCGCCGCGGCGCCCGCCGCUGCGCCGCCUGUCGUCCAUGUCCACCUUCUACCUGCUGGACCAGCGCACGCGCCAGGCCGAGCUGGGCCUCUGCUACGGGGCGCCGCGCACGCGCCUCAGCGAUGAGGCCUUCGUAUUCCGCGGCGGCCGCUGGGCGCCCGAGGCCGCACAUCUGCGUCCGCCGGCGGAGCGCGGCCCCGGCCAGGCGCGGCUGGAGGAGAACUACUACCUGCGGCUACAGCAGGAGCUACUCAUGGACAUGCUGACCGAGACCACGGCGCGCAUGCGCCUGCUGGAGGAGCUGCGCGAGGCCGAGGCUGGUUCGGGGGCGGCGCGCGCCUGGCAGCGAAAGAUGCGCAGGCGCGACGGCGCGGGAGGCCUGCUCCUGCUCGAGCAGCGCGCGCUGGAGUCGGCGCGGUGACGCAAUAAAGCCCUACGACGACGCA